AUGUUUGUGUUCUUCGUGUAACUUCUUGAAUUCAUUGGCUUCAAUAUCUAAUAUUGGUUUAGUCCAAAUCAUUUUUCACUAACAAAAAAGAAGAUGAUGAAUAAAAAUAUCCCCAGUAUUGAUGCAUCAGAUUUUCCAGGAGAAUCGGAAAAACUGCGAAAAGCAUGCGAAGAGUGGGGAUGUUUCAGACUAUUAAACCAUAAUAUCCCAUCAGCUCUCAUGCUGGAGAUGAAGGAUGUGGUGAGAUCUCUGCUGGAUCUCCCCAUCGAACUCAAGAGUCGCAACGCUGAUGUAAUAACGGGCAGCGGUUAUAAGCCGACUAACCAGGCUAAUCCGCUUUACGAGGCUCUCGGACUUUACGACGUCGCCUCCUCCCAAGCUGUGGAGACUUUCUGCUCCCAGUUGGAUGCAUCUCUUCAUCAAAGGGAGGUGAUAUCCAAGUAUGGUAAAGCAAUUCACGAGCUGGCCUUGGAUUUAGCAAGAAAGUUAGGUGAAAGUAUGGGAAUAUUAAGAAAUGAUUUGUUUGAGGGAUGGCCUUCUCAAUUCAGAAUUAAUAAAUAUCACUUCACUUCUGAGACCGUAGGCUCGUCGGGAGUUCAAAUUCACACGGACUCCGGAUUCUUAACAAUACUUCAAGACGACGACAAUGUUAACGGUCUUGAAGUCAUGGACGGCUCUGGUGAAUUUAUUCCGGUUGAUCACCAACCUGGAACCCUCCUCGUCAAUCUUGGCGACAUUGCUACGGUAUGGAGCAACGGUAGACUGUUGAAUGUAAAGCAUAGAGUGCAAUGCAAGCAAGCAGCAAUACGAUAUACAAUAGCUUCAUUUCUGCUCGGACCGAGAGACUCGGCUGUGGAAACUCCGCCGGAAUUUGUGGAUCCUCAAAACGCUCGUCUUUAUCUCCCUUUUACCUUCAAUGAUUAUAGAGAGCUCCGUUUCAAAACGAAACUCCAAGCAGGCGAAGCACUCGAACUUCUACGCGUAAACUCUCGGCACAUUUAGUUAUCUAAUUACUGAACAAUAAGCUCUUUGCAUUGCAGCAUAUCUUAUAAGUUUCCUAAGCAUAUCCAAUCAUAAAUUAUGAUGGUUUCUUCUUUGAAUUGAUAGGAUGGUUGAACUAAUUAAUAUGCAGAUCAAUGCACUUCCCAUGACCUUUGUUCUUUUGAACUUCUUGUCCUGCUUUAUACAAGAACUUAGCUUUUCAACUAAUGUACCUUUUAGUUCUUUAAAUAUUAUUAGAGAAUUCAAAGCAA